CGGUCCAAUCACAGCGCUGCGUUUCUGUUUCCGGGAUGUUUGGUGAUGUGGCUCUAAAAUCCUGGAGACGAAAUUGAUCAAAUAAACCACGCAUCUCUUCCCUGCGCCGAUUUCACAGGUCAGCCAUGUUUAGCCGGCUGACCCAAGGGGUGUCCUCCGUCCUCCAGGAGCUCUCGGGUGAGGAACGCUCCGAUGGAGACUUCCAGGAUGGUCUGAUGCCUCAGCCUCAGCCUGAUGUUGAAGCAUCCCCGGAGGGCUCGGGGUCAUCAGAAGAGGUCCUGGAGAGGCUGGCCCAGACCGAACAGCUGGUGGUUCAGCUGAAGGAGCUGAUUCGAGAGAAGGACAGCCAGCUCGCAAGCACUGAAAAACAGCUCAAGGAGGAGAAAGAACAGGCAGAAGUCAAGUUUACAAAGCUUAAACUGCAGGCCAAAGCCAAGCUGGCGGCCCUGAACAAACAGCUCAAUGAACUGAAAGGACAAGAAGCAUUGAACAGCAGUCAGAAUUCAGAGAGCUCCUUCCAAAUGGCUCCCGGAGUGGAGGAGGAACUCCAGCAGCUGAAAGAAAAGCUAAGUCAGGCGGAGACUGCCAACAAGACCCUCCAACAUCAGCUCUGGGAUGCUGAACAGCGUGGAAGAGAUGAAGGUCAUGCAGAGCAGGUCCAAAUUCUGCAGGCUGUGGUGAAGGAAAAAGAUGUGCGAUUUCAAGAACAAAUACUCAAACAUGAGCAGGAACUCCUAAAUCUUACACAGGCCUCAAAUGACCCUGACUUACAACAGGCUCUUCAUGCAUCCCAGCAGCGCAUAGAGGAGUUGGAGGAGUCCUUGCGUUCUCGUUCAGAAGUCCUAGAAAUGUUGCAGCAGGAACUCAACAGUGCAGACCAGCAGAAACAGAUUCUGACUAGUCAGUUCAGGCAGAUGGAGUUGGAGUUGGCAGAAGCCCAGAGACUGAGAGAAGAAGAGAGGCAGCAGUGGGCAAUGCGUGUUGAGGAAGAUCUCCAGGCUCUUAGAGCCAGACUAGAAGCAUCUGAGAUUGAGAGAGAACAGAUUGUCAAUUCUCUCAACACUGAAUUGCUGAAAAAGACCACAGAGAUGGAUGAAAUGAGAGGGAAAGUUGAAUCUGCUGAAAGAGAGAAAGACGAAAUGCUGGAGAAAUUGAAAGAAAAAGAAAAUGGCUUUGAGGAAGAGCUGACCAAAUUGAAAGCAUGUCUAGAAGCCAAAUUGGAGACAUCAGAGAGUGAGCAGACCAUCAGUACACUCAAUACUGAGUUACUGAAAAAGACCACAGAGUUGGAUGAGAUGAGAGCAAAACUUGAAUCUGGGCAAAGAGAGAAGGAAGACAUUUUGGAGAAAAUGAAGGAGAGAGAGACUAGCUUUGAGGCAAAGCUGGCCAACAUGAAAGUAUCUCUAGAAGCCAGUUUAGAAACAACCGAAAGUGAAAAAGAGCAGACCAUCAGUGCUCUCAAUACUGAGUUACUGAAAAAGACCACAGAGUUGGAUGAACUGAGAGAAAAACUUUCAGCUGAGGAGAGAGAGAGACUGGAGACAUCACAAGAGAGACAAACAAUGUUUGAGACAGAGCUGGCCAGCUUGCAAGGCUGUCUGGAAGUUGCUGAGAAACAGAAAGAGGAAAUGACAAAGAAGCUAGAUGUGGAGGCAGCAAGUCGCAUGGAAGAGCUUCAUCAUCUUCAGGAGAAGCUCAAUGAAGUGGACAGAGUAAGGGAAGAAGAAUCUAAGAGUGAAGCAGAUGGCUUAGCACAGAUGCAAAAAGAGAUUGAGUCCUUAAGAGAGACACUGGAUGCCAAUAAAGAGGAACAGAAAGCAGCACUGCAAGCCAAGGAUGCACUGGAGAAACUCUGGAGAGGGAUUCAGAAUUUGUCAACUGCUGGGGACGCAGAGGUGGAAAUAGCCAUUCCUACUGACCCUGCACAGUUCUUAGAGGUGUUACCCGCUCUAGAAGCUCAGCUGAGCAACCUUACAGAUGAGCAGCAGGAGAGUCAAGCACGCUUGUCCCAGGUCACACUCACUCUACAAUCUCUGCAAGGUCAACUGGAUAGGAGCACAGCUGAGAGAGAGGAAGCAGUUGCUAGGAUACGGGAACUAGAGGAACAACUUCUCAAUGUUCAGGUUACUGGUGAGUCAUUACAUGAUCAUGUGACUGACCUGUCUGUAAGGGAUUUGGAUAGGGCACAACAGGAUAACAGUGGAGAUGGACAUGGUUCAGAAAACAAAUUACAGACAGAUCGGAUACUGUUUUUGGAGCAGCAGCUUGCAGACAGAGAAAGGGAACUCUUUGCUCUCAAAGAAAAACUGUCACUCACCACAAGCAAAAGUAUUCCAGUGGAGGAAAGUGCCGACAGUGCAAGCAGAAGAGAUAUCCCUGCGUUGCAUGAUAACACUACAGCUCUAGCUGAGGUUCUUGAGGGCACACGAGAGGAAGAGACCACACUUGUGGCAGUAGACACAUCUGUUCUGUCGGUCUUUGCUGGCAAUGAGAGUAGCCCUGAGCUUAUAACACCUCAGCCUGAGUCUCCUGGAGAAUCAAAGGGUACCUCCUCGGAUGAGAUGGUGACAAGCAGUGACUCCGAGGUGGCUCAUAGUAGCUGGACUCUUCUAGAAGCAGUCAACCAAGAUGGGACUCAAGAGUGGGCACCCCAAAUUCAGGACUUUGCCUCACUACGCUUAUCCACUCAAUCUUGGGAAGAGACCUGUGAAGAUCAUGUUGCAUCAACCAGCUGCAUAGUUGAUAUCGAAUCACAAUCUUUAGUUAUCCAUGAAACUGUGCAGGUACAUCUUGGCCAACAGGAGGGAAGUCUGCUAAAUGCAGAUUCAAGCAAAGGUCAGGCUUUUGCUCAGGUCUUAGCAGAAGAGAUUCAGAAAAGAUAUAGUGAACUUCUGGGAGAACUUCAGCAAUUUAAAGACUCUGCUUUACAAUCACAGGAGAGAGUUUUCCAGCUGGAAGAAGCAUUGAAGUCACUUACAGAUUCCAAAAAUGAGGCUCAGUCUAAUGCAAAUAUAUACGAGAAAGAGCUCAUUGAAGUUAAGGCAUUGUUUGAGCAAGAAAAAUUACAUAGGCAAAAUGUUGAUGAGCAGUUUGAAAACUCGCAGGAAGAGGUUCUCUCUAAAAAUGAUAACCUGAAAGCCUUACAGGCAAGCCUUGAUGAAGUUCAUCUAAGACUUGUUGAACAAGAAGGUCAAGCUAGAAUGUUAGCUGCUCAACUUGAGGACAGAGAGCUCACUACCUCCAAACUUGAACAGAAGCUCUUGGACAUGGAGGGCAGGUUAGUGCAGGUCUCUCAGGAGGCUGAUAUGGCAAAAGCUGCUCUCAUCAACAGGACUGCUGAGCUGGAAGAUCUACAAAAGUGUCUUUCACAGAAAGACCAGGAGAUGAUGGAACUCAGUGAUAGCAUGACUGCCAAACUACUCCAGACUGGAGAGGAAAAUUUUGCAAUAUCCAGUGAAGUCAAAAAGCUAAAAGAGCAAAUACAUGAGCUUAAGAGUGUCAGGGAUGACCAGCAGAAAAUAAAAGACGAUAAAACAGCAGAAUGUGAGGAGCUUGUUGCUUUACGAAAGGAAAAGGAGGACUUGAAUACUCAAAUGGCUGCCAUGAAGAAAGAUGGAGAACAGGUCAAGAGAAAGCUGCAGGCAGCUCUGAUACAGCGGAAGGAAUUGAUAAAAAAAGUUGCAGACUUUGAGAAGGAGGCUGAGAGCAGGGAAGAAAAGGAAAUAGAUGAGGAAAUGACUCUACCAUUCAAAAAUGAAAUUAAGGAAAAAGAGAAAGAAAUACAGAGACUUGAGGCUUUGUUGCAAGAGACCAGAGAUUACUUAAAUUUAAAAGAAGAGACCUUAACAAGUCUGAAACAAAAAUUCAGUAACCAAGAUCAAGCAUUGUGUGAGUCACGUGCAGAAAUACAACAUUUGACAGAGCAGUAUGCACAACUGACUGAACAACAAAUGUCACCGAUGGCUGAGGACAAAAAUAAGCUAAUUUCACAGAUGGCAUCCAUGGAAUCUGACAUUGAAAUAUUGCAUAAAAAGCUUCAGGAAGCUACUGAUGCUUAUGAGGAUGCUGUUGUGAAAGCUCAAGAGAAUGAUCGCCAUCAUCUUGAUCAGAUGAAACAACAGAAAGAGGAGUACAGUGACCUUUAUGAACGCCUCCAAACUGAAGAGAGAGAAAAAAAUGGAAUGUUGAAUCGUAUUAUGGAGCUUGAGGGUCUGCUAGAAUCAAAGAACGAUACAGAUAAAGUGGUGAGUGUAAAUGUGGAGAGGAAUGUUGGGUCUUCUACACAGAAUUUGGAGAAACCAGAGACAAACGAUUGGGUUCACGAGGACUGGGUGGAUUUUGCUGAGACUGAGUCACAACAACAUAACAAACCUGGUGAGCAAACUCAACAGCCCGUGGUAAAAGAUCAUGAGGAAAUUAUAAAUGCUCUCCAGGAGGAAUUAAGAAUUGAGCAGGCUGCUCGUGCAGAAUUAGAGGUGCGUCUACAAGAGAGCCAAUCCUCUCAAUCGCUCACUGAUAGCAAAUUCAAAGAGCUUUGCGAAGAACUUGAAGCCUUGAGAGAAAAAGAGAGGCAGAUUGAUGCUCUAACUGAGGAAAUGGAGGCUCUUAGGGAGAAAUGUCAGAGAUCCGAAACUCAUGCAGCAAAGCUGAAAGCAGAGGUGGAUGAGGCUUGGGAAGUGGCUAAAAGAAGCAUCUCAGAUGCUGAGUCCCCAGUCAAAGCACUUCAGUCAGAAGUGGAAGAAUUUAAACAAUUUCUUAAAAACAAAAAUGAUGAAAUUACUGAUUUAAGUCAACAGCUUAGCGAACAAAGUUCUCUUUUACUUAAGAUGCAGGCAACGGUACUGGAGAAAGAUCAGCAGAUUGCUUCCCUACAAGAAGGGCUUAAAGCUGAGCAAGAUCGAGCUCAAAAACUGGAAGCAGAAAUGCCACAACGCGAGGAAGAAGAGAAGGAUAAUAGUGCCAAACUCCAACAGCUUCAACGCAAACUGCAGGCUGCUCUUGUGUCACGUAAGGAAGCACUCAAAGAGAAACAGGUGCUGAAGGAGGAACAGGCUGCUGCUGAGACGAUCAAGUUAGAGCUACAACAGAAGCUGGAGUUAAAAGAGUUGGAGCUGAACAAGUCAAGAGAGGAAAGAGAGAAGUUAAUUGAGGAGGUGGAUCGAACUUUGUUGGAAAACCAAAGUCUGCAUGCCUCAUGUGAGAGCCUUAAACUUGCUAUGGAGGGUGUUUUGAAUGAGAAGGAUGCAUCUAAACGUCAAGCUGAGAGUACCAAAGAGGAAUCCGAAAAGGCGUGCAGGCAGUUGGAAGAAAAGGUGCAAAGCAUGAAAGAGGAGUAUGAAUCCCUCCUCAAGUCAUAUGAAAAUGUGAGCGAUGAGGCUGAACGAGUGAGACGAGUGCUUGAAGCUGCUCGACAGGAGAGGCAGGAGUUAGCAGCCAAGGCACGAGCUCAUGAGGCAGCCAGACAAGAGGCUGAGAGGUUAGCUGAGGAAGCUAUGAAGGAAGUGGAUGUUGUGAAAGAAAAAAUGAGAAAGUUUGCCAAGGUUAAGCAUCAGAAGAUUAUGGAUCUAGAGGAAGAAAAUGAAAGGCUUAGGGAGCAGGAAGAGAAGAAAUUGACCAAACAUAAAGAAACUGAGCUGAAACAUGAGCUUGAGAGAGUCAAAAAAGAGUUUGUGACCUUGAAAACAAAUUACAAUAUCAUUAUGGAUGAAAAAAACUCUUUGGAGCAUGAAGCUGAGGAGUUGAGACAGCGUUUGGCUGAGGAAAUUGACAAAAAGGGCAAUGAGACCCUGGACACAUGUUCAUUAGAAGCUAUUCAUGAAGUUAAAGUUGUCACACAGCAGAGAAGUCCUGAUUUAAUUGAAAUUCAAGAGCCAUUGGAAUCCAUUGGUACUCCUCUUGAACAAGACGUCACAGAAGUGCAAGCAAAUGUUGAGAUGACUGCUCAAACAGAGGAGAGGCUCAAGGAACUGGAAGCCUCUCUCAAAACAGCAGACAAUAAGAUAAAGGAACUUGAAGCUGCUCUUGAAGAUCAAAUGGAGUUCAGAAGCAAGCAAGAUUCAACAAUUAAUGCAGAGCUUGCUUCCCUCAAGCAGGACCUACAGGAGUCUUUAGAGAAAGAGUGUCUUCAGAGGGAAGAGCUCUCUAAGAAAGAGACCGAACUGCAAGUACUUCGCACUAGCCUAGAGGCUGAAAGGGAUGACUUGGAGGAGCGGUUAAUGAACCAGCUGGCUCAGCUCAAUGGCAGCAUUGCAGGCUACCAGCAAGAGGCAUCUGACAGUCGCGAUCGCCUUACAGACAUGCAGAAGGAAUUGGAGAAACUGGAGAGAGAGAGGGCUGAGCUGGAGGCUGAGGUGGCAAGUGAGAGGGACCGGGCAGCCAGGAUGGAAGAGGACUUAAGGCAAGCCCAAAGAGAAAGAGCAGAGGCUGAGGCAGACAAACAAAGAGAGCUGGAGCAGAAGUUGAAAUCUGCACAGAGGUUUAAAGAAGGUAGUCAAAACAGGACACGUCAACUUGAAGAACUGCUGAGAGAGAAGCAAAUGGAAGUUCGUCAGCUACAGAGAGACUGCAUUGAGUACCAGGAAAGGAUAAGUGAACUGGUUAAAGAAUUUAAGUCGUUAACUUUGGGAAGAGAUGAGGUGAGUGCAGAACUUGAGGCAGCACGCUUGGAAAUUGCAAAGAUUAUGCAAGGCAAAACAAGUAUUGCAUCUGAACUUUCAACAUGUAAAGGGAAAUUGGACAUGGCGCUGGAAGAAGCAAAGCAGGCCCAAGCAGACAAACUAGCUGCUGAACAAAUGGUACAGCGCAAAGAGGCUGAGUUGAAGGCAGAUGCGGAGCGUACACUGGAUGAAGUCAGGUAUCGUCUUGGAGCCGAACUUAAACAGAUGGAAUUAAGACUAGAGAAAUCCUACAGGGAGCUGGAGAGGGAGGAAAAGGCAACUCUUGAGGCAAGGAGCAUUGCUGAGACUGCAGACAGGCAUGCCCAGGAAAUGCAGGCACGUCUGGAUGAAGCACUGGCUCGGUUAGCAGCCUUUUCGCGCUCCAUGUCGUCCCUGCAGGAUGAUCGUGAUCGAGUGCUGGAUGAGGCCAAGCAAUGGGAGAGUCGUUUUCAUAGUGAGCUUCAGGAAAAGGAGGCUGAUGUUCGGGAGGCUGAGACCCAUGCUAAAGAACUUGCUGAGCAACUCCAGAGGGAGACCUCCCAAAAAGAGGAGCUGCAGAAUUUAUUGGAAAGAAUGCAAAAGGCAGAAGAGAACUUACAGCUAGAGCUGUCUGAGGCAGAAAUGAAACAUAAUAAAAGUCUUGCAGCUCUUGAGAAAGAAAGAGGGGAUCUGCAGCAGAAGCUCACUCUGGUAGAGACCAACCUGACCCAAACUAGUUCCCAGUUGACUAGCCUGGAGACAGAGGCAGAGGGAUUACGGCACCGGACCAAAGCUUUAGAAGAAGCAGUAGACAAGCUUCAGAGUGAUGCUAAUGAGGCACGUGCAGUAAUCAAAGAAAGGGAGACAGAAGAAAGGAGACUAUACUUGAGGCUGGAGCAACUGGAGACAGACCUAGCAUCUUCAAAGAACCUUACUGAUAAUCUUCAGGCAGCAUUGGAUGAGAAGGAGAAGAGGGAGAUGGAACUCCUUGGUGAGAAGGAGCAAGCUGUGACACAGGCUGUAGAGGAGGCUAGGAAGGAUGCUGAUGGAAGGGCCGAAAUGGCAGAGAAAGAGCUGGAGCAGAAGAGAGAGGAGUUGCUUGAUUUAAAAGAGAAGCUUCGUAAGGCUGAGGAGGACACCUUCCAGAGCAGAGCUCAACUUGAGUCCUUUACCAAGGCUAUGGGCUCCCUGCAGGAUGACAGAGACCGAGUACUCAGCCAAUACAAGCAGCUAGAGGAAAGGCAUCUCCAGGUUAUGCUGGAGAAGGACAGUCUGAUCCAAGAGGCUGCAGGUGAAAACAAUGGGCUAAAGGAGGAGAUUCGAGCCUUGUUGUCACAGCGAGAUGACCUCAAUGCUGAGAAUGCCAAGCUGGCUGCCCAACUUCGUGGCUACAGAAAUGACCUGAACCAGGUCCUUGCUAUGAAGGACUCCCAGCACAAGCAGAUUCUAGCUGCCCAAGCAGAGCGCAUCAGUUUCCUGGAGAGAGCGAAAGAAGAUUUCGAGAGCCAAAUUCAGGCUUUUGUUAAAGAUGUUGCACAAAGAAAGGUACCUCCAUUGGAGCAGGAGAACUUGAGCCAAGCCAGUGAAGGAAUUGGUAGAGUCGAUAAGCAAGAAGCACCAGGGGCCGAGGUAGAGAAGCUGAGGGAACAGCUCCAAGCUGCUAGAAAGCGUAUCACCACCUUGGAGGAGACCUUGGAAUUGGAGAAGGAGACCCAGGCAGUCCACAGUAAAGAGUUGAAGGAGCUGCGUUGGGAAGGCGGUGUUCUGCGCACCGAAACUGAAACAGCGGAGGAAAGGGUUGCGGAGUUGGCACGAGACCUGCUGGUGAUGGAGCAGCAGCUUCUGGAGGAGAGGGAAGCAGCCUCUCAGCUUCGAGCUCAGAAUCAGUCUUUUGGUCAAGCCAUGGCCUCUCUGCAGGAUGCAAGAGAUCAGGCUAUACGUGAGGCCAAGGAGCUGCGUCUCCAUUUCGAUGAGAUAAACCGGACGACUCACUCAGCAUCUCCAUCAAGUGGCUUCAAAGGAGAAGUGUGGAGCCUAAAAAAUGCCCUAGCAGCACUGCAAAAUGACAGGGAAAGAAUGUUGGAACAGCUGGAGUUGCAGCGUUCUGAAUUGGACAGACUUGGAUCUGGUGAACUAUCCGGGCUUACUCAAGCUCUGGAGGAUGAGAGAAGAAGGGCAGGGGAGCGAGAGGAAAAGAUCAUGGCAGAGCUGAGGGAUAGAGACACACAGAUGGACAGAUAUAAGCAAGAACUGGAAAUGCUCAGACUUGAGAGGAUGGACUGGCAGGGCCAGGCUGAGCUCUUGAAGCAGCAGACCCUGACCACCCUCUUAGAAAGGGACCAGCAGGUUCACCAGCUUACUGCCAUGCUGGAGGAAGCGCAAGCAUCAAAAUUCCACCACAAGCUCGCACAAAGACAGGGAAGCCUUGCAGUAGAUGCUGCCCCUGGUGGCCCUCUAGAACACAAUGAGGGCUAUAAAGCUGAGUGCAUUGAACUCCAGAGAAGGCUGGAUGAGGAGUUAGAACAGAGACUCCGAGUAGAGGAGCAGCUCAUUGCUGCGCAGGAUCGCCUCAAACGCUAUACACACGGGGAGUGGCAGACACCGUCUGAAGCCAUGAUGUCAGAGACAGCCGUCCUUAUCGAGCCUCCAGAGGGCACGGUUACACGGACUCGAGGUGGUGGACCUGGGUUACUGCGGAUGCUGCGAGUUGCAUUCUGCUCUCGUCAGCGAACCCCUCUGCUGAUGUCACUCUAUCUGCUGACUGUUCAUGUGCUGUUGCUGCUGUGCAUGGGAGGAUAUCUGUGAGAGAGAUUCAUCAUGCUUUACUGAGAGAGAGAUGGUUACAUGCUCAUUCACUUAUCAUACAAAACAAUGGACACAUUAUUUAACACAGGAUUCAUUUACAUUAUUCUAAGAAUAUUUUUCCUUGCUUAUUUACCAAAGUUACAGC